CCGAGUGUGCACGUAGCCGAGUGGGCGGUUGUCAAUCUUUCUUUGCUUCUCUGUGUGUCUCAAACGCUUUCCUCUAUUCGUCACACUGCACCAUCAACCCCCGACGACGUCGAGUGACCAUAGGUGGGCACACAGCGACGCAGGGGAACGGAAAUGUAAACGCGCAACAAUUGAUCAAAACCAUCCGACUUGUUAGCCUUUCAUCUCUAGUGGAGUCGUGGUGAGACAGCGGACACAUAUGUCUCACUUAAAUAGCUACUGUGGACCAUAUUGAACUGAAAUUGAUUCACGCCAGAAGGUCAAUAAUGUUAUAAGAUAAACGCCGGAAAGCUUCCACUCAUGUGUUUAUAUAGUUUCUAUGAAAACUGUAGAUUUUCUUAUUUUUAUACCCGUGUUUUUGUGCGUUCUUCGUGUUUGUUCAGCAACUCUCCUUUCUAAGCACACAUAAUCACAAUACGCGGAUUGCGUGCUCAGUGUGUGUGAUAAAGAAAUCACAUUAUAGGAAUAAUUCACUCAGAGGAUAGAGGUGUAACGUUACGUCGUUUAGCUCAGUCACUCCUCACCGGCGCCGGUUCGUCCCAGUCUGCUUCGGGUCUCUCCGCCAUCGGGAGUUUCCCUACCUCGGUUUGGUCCCAUCGUUGUUCUUCCCAGUGAACUGCAGAAGAGCGAGCUCGCGCUACCCGGUAAAAUAUUAUGUCGGUGUUGAUCCCGGAUGACCGGGCAUUCAGCAGCUUCAAGGAGGAGUGCGGGAGUGAGGAGGGCUGGAGUCUGACCUACAAUAAGCCGGACAUGACUGUGUGGACCCAGACUAUAGGAGGAGACGAGGAGAAGUCACUCCACAAGAUCAAGUGUCGGAUGGCGUGUAAGGACGUGCCAGCUGAGACCAUGUAUGAUGUUCUCCAUGACAUCGAGUACCGGAGGAAAUGGGACGCAAACGUCAUCGAAACCUUCGACAUCGGAAAACUCACUGUUAACGCAGAUGUGGGCUACUACUCCUGGAAGUGUCCCAAGCCGCUGAGGAACCGUGACGUCAUCACACUGCGCUCUUGGCUGCCCACUGGCAGUGAUUACAUCAUCAUGAACUACUCUGUCAAACAUGCUAAAUACCCCCCAAAGAAGGACAUGGUACGAGCUGUGUCCAUCCAGACUGGCUACCUGAUCCAGAGCCACGGACCGAACCACUGCACUCUUACCUACCUGGCACACGUGGACCCAAAAGGUUCACUACCCAAGUGGGUUGUUAACAAGUCUUCCCACUUUCUGGCUCCCAAAGCGAUGAAGAAGAUCAGUAAGGCGUGUCUGAAGUACGGAGAGUGGAAGCAGAGACACAACCCGGGAUUCAAGCCCUGGCUCUACCCUGAGCAGACUACACUACCCACAAUCCCAGUGUCCGAGCUUAGCAUCCAGCACGCAGACAGCCUGGAGAACAUUGACGAGAGUACACUCAGCGAGAUGCAGACACGGGAGGAGAGAGAUAGCGACUAACACCACACACACACACACACACACACACACACACACACACACACACACACACACACACACACACCUCAGUGAGAUCGGAGAGAGACGGUGACUAACACCACACACACACACACACACACACACACACACACACACACACACACACACACACACACACACACACACACCUCAGUGAGAUCAGAGAGAGACGGUGACUAACACCACCCACACCUCAGUGAGAUCAGAGAGAGACGGUGACUAACACCACCCACACCUCAGUGAGAUCGGAGAGAGAUGGUGACUAACACCACCCACACCUCAGUGAGAUCGGAGAGAGACGGUGACUAACACCACCCACAACACCACCCACACCUCAGUGAGAUCGGAGAGGAGAGAGACGGUGACUAACACCACCCACACCUCAGUGAGAUCGGAGAGAGACGGUGACUAACACCACCCACACCUCAGUGAGAUCGGAGAGAGACGGUGACUAACACCACCCACAACACCACCCACACCUCAGUGAGAUCGGAGAGAGACGGUGACUAACACCACCCACACCUCAGUGAGAUCGGAGAGGAGAGAGAAGGUGACUAACACCACCCACACCUCAGUGAGAUCGGAGAGGAGAGAGACGGUGACUAACACCACCCACACCUCAGUGAGAUCGGAGAGGAGAGAGACGGUGACUAACACCACCCACACCUCAGUGAGAUCGGAGAGGAGAGAGAAGGUGACUAACACCACCCACACCUCAGUGAGAUCGGAGAGGAGAGAGACGGUGACUAACACCACCCACACCUCAGUGAGAUCGGAGAGAGACGUUGACUAACACCACCCACACCUCAGUGAGAUCGGAGAGGAGAGAGACGGUGACUAACACCACCCACACCUCAGUGAGAUCGGAGAGAGACGGUGACUAACACCACCCACACCUCAGUGAGAUCGGAGAGAGACGGUGACUAACACCACCCACAACACCACCCACACCUCAGUGAGAUCGGAGAGAGACGGUGACUAACACCACCCACACCUCAGUGAGAUCGGAGAGGAGAGAGAAGGUGACUAACACCACCCACACCUCAGUGAGAUCGGAGAGGAGAGAGACGGUGACUAACACCACCCACACCUCAGUGAGAUCGGAGAGGAGAGAGACGGUGACUAACACCACCCACACCUCAGUGAGAUCGGAGAGGAGAGAGAAGGUGACUAACACCACCCACACCUCAGUGAGAUCGGAGAGGAGAGAGACGGUGACUAACACCACCCACACCUCAGUGAGCUCGGAGAGAGACGGUGACUAACCCCACCCACACCUCAGUGAGCUCGGAGAGAGACGGUGACUAACACCACCCACACCUCAGUGAGCUCGGAGAGAGACGGUGACUAACACCACCCACACCUCAGUGAGAUCGGAGAGGAGAGAGACGGUGACUAACACCACCCACACCUCAGUGAGAUCGGAGAGGAGCGAGACGGUGACUAACACCACCCACACCUCAGUGAGAUCGGAGAGGAGAGAGACGGUGACUACCACCACCCACACCUCAGUGAGAUCGGAGAGAGACGGUGACUAACACCACCCACACCUCAGUGAGAUCGGAGAGAGACGGUGACUAACACCACCCACACCUCAGUGAGAUCGGAGAGGAGAGAGACGGUGACUACCACCACCCACACCUCAGUGAGAUCGGUGAGAGACGGUGACUAACACCACCCACACCUCAGUGAGAUCGGAGAGAGACGGUGACUAACACCACCCACACCUCAGUGAGAUCAGAGAGAGACGGUGACUAACACCACCCACACCUCAGUGAGAUCGGAGAGGAGAGAGACGGUGACUAACACCACCCACACCUCAGUGAGAUCGGAGAGGAGAGAGACGGUGACUAACACCACCCACACCUCAGUGAGAUCGGAGAGAGACGGUGACUAACACCACCCACACCUCAGUGAGAUCAGAGAGAGACGGUGACUAACACCACCCACACCUCAGUGAGAUCGGAGAGGAGCGAGACGGUGACUAACACCACCCACACCUCAGUGAGAUCGGAGAGAGACGUUGACUAACACCACCCACACCUCAGUGAGAUCGGAGAGAGACGGUGACUAACACCACCCACACCUCAGUGAGAUCGGAGAGAGACGGUGACUAACACCACCCACACCUCAGUGAGAUCGGAGAGGAGAGAGACGGUGACUAACACCACCCACACCUCAGUGAGAUCGGAGAGGAGAGUGACGGUGACUAACACCACCCACACCUCAGUGCGAUCGGAGAGAGACGGUGACUAACACCACCCACACCUCAGUGCGAUCGGAGAGAGACGGUGACUAACACCACCCACACCUCAGUGGGAUUGGAGAGAGACGGUGACUAACACCACCCACACCUCAGUGAGAUCGGAGAGGAGAGAGACGGUGACUAACACCACCCACACCUCAGUGAGAUCGGAGAGGAGAGAGACGGUGACUAACACCACCCACACCUCAGUGAGAUCGGAGAGGAGAGAGACGGUGACUAACACCACCCACACCUCAGUGAGAUCGGAGAGGAAAGAGACGGUGACUAACACCACCCACACCUCAGUGAGAUCGGAGAGGAAAGAGACGGUGACUAACACCACCCACACCUCAGUGAGAUCGGAGAGAGACGGUGACUAACACCACCCACACCUCAGUGAGAUCGGAUCGGAGAGAGACGGUGACUACCACCACCCACACCUCAGUGGGAUUGGAGAGGAGAGAGACGGUGACUACCACCACCCACACCUCAGUGAGAUCGGAGAGGAAAGAGACGGUGACUAACACCACCCACACCUCAGUGAGAUCGGAGAGUGACGGUGACUAACACCACCCACACCUCAGUGAGAUCGGAGAGUGACGGUGACUAACACCACCCACACCUCAGUGAGAUCGGAGAGAGACGGUGACUAACACCACCCACACCUCAGUGAGAUCGGAGAGAGACGGUGACUAACACCACCCACACCUCAGUGAGAUCGGAGAGAGACGGUGACUACCACCACCCACACCUCAGUGAGAUCGGAGAGAGACGGUGACUAACACCACCCACACCUCAGUGAGAUCGGAGAGGAGAGAGACGGUGACUAACACCACCCACACCUCAGUGAGAUCGGAGAGAGACGGUGACUAACACCACCCACACCUCAGUGAGAUCGGUGAGAGACGGUGACUAACACCACCCACACCUCAGUGAGAUCGGAGAGAGACGGUGACUAACACCACCCACACCUCAGUGAGAUCGGAGAGAGACGGUGACUAACACCACCCACACCUCAGUGAGAUCGGAGAGAGACGGUGACUAACACCACCCACACCUCAGUGAGAUCGGAGAGAGACGGUGACUACCACCACCCACACCUCAGUGAGAUCGGAGAGAGACGGUGACUAACACCACCCACACCUCAGUGAGAUCGGAGAGAGACGGUGACUAACACCACCCACACCUCAGUGAGAUCGGAGAGGAGCGAGACGGUGACUAACACCACCCACACCUCAGUGAGAUCGGAGAGGAGAGAGACGGUGACUACCACCACCCACACCUCAGUGAGAUCGGAGAGAGACGGUGACUAACACCACCCACACCUCAGUGAGAUCGGAGAGAGACGGUGACUAACACCACCCACACCUCAGUGAGAUCGGAGAGGAGAGAGACGGUGACUACCACCACCCACACCUCAGUGAGAUCGGUGAGAGACGGUGACUAACACCACCCACACCUCAGUGAGAUCGGAGAGAGACGGUGACUAACACCACCCACACCUCAGUGAGAUCAGAGAGAGACGGUGACUAACACCACCCACACCUCAGUGAGAUCGGAGAGGAGAGAGACGGUGACUAACACCACCCACACCUCAGUGAGAUCGGAGAGGAGAGAGACGGUGACUAACACCACCCACACCUCAGUGAGAUCGGAGAGAGACGGUGACUAACACCACCCACACCUCAGUGAGAUCAGAGAGAGACGGUGACUAACACCACCCACACCUCAGUGAGAUCGGAGAGGAGCGAGACGGUGACUAACACCACCCACACCUCAGUGAGAUCGGAGAGAGACGUUGACUAACACCACCCACACCUCAGUGAGAUCGGAGAGAGACGGUGACUAACACCACCCACACCUCAGUGAGAUCGGAGAGAGACGGUGACUAACACCACCCACACCUCAGUGAGAUCGGAGAGGAGAGAGACGGUGACUAACACCACCCACACCUCAGUGAGAUCGGAGAGGAGAGAGACGGUGACUAACACCACCCACACCUCAGUGCGAUCGGAGAGAGACGGUGACUAACACCACCCACACCUCAGUGCGAUCGGAGAGAGACGGUGACUAACACCACCCACACCUCAGUGGGAUUGGAGAGAGACGGUGACUAACACCACCCACACCUCAGUGAGAUCGGAGAGAGACGGUGACUAACACCACGCACACCUCAGUGAGAUCGGAGAGAGACGGUGACUAACACCACCCACACCUCAGUGAGAUCGGAGAGAGACGGUGACUAACACCACCCACACCUCAGUGAGAUCGGAGAGAGACGGUGACUACCACCACCCACACCUCAGUGAGAUCGGAGAGAGACGGUGACUACCACCAUCCACACCUCAGUGAGAUCGGAGAGAGACGGUGACUAACACCACCCACACCUCAGUGAGAUCGGAGAGAGACGGUGACUACCACCACCCACAACACCACCCACACCUCAGUGAGAUCUGAGAGAGACGGUGACUAACACCACCCACACCUCAGUGAGAUCGGAGAGGAGAGAGACGGUGACUAACACCACCCACACCUCAGUGAGAUCGGAGAGGAGAGAGACGGUGACUACCACCACCCACACCUCAGUGAGAUCGGAGAGAGACGGUGACUACCACCACCCACACCUCAGUGAGAUCGGAGAGGAGAGAGACGGUGACUAACACCACCCACACCUCAGUGAGAUCGGAGAGGAGAGAGACGGUGACUACCACCACCCACACCUCAGUGAGAUCGGAGAGAGACGGUGACUACCACCACCCACACCUCAGUGAGAUCGGAGAGAGACGGUGACUAACACCACCCACACCUCAGUGAGAUCGGAGAGAGACGGUGACUAACACCACCCACACCUCAGUGAGAUCGGAGAGAGACGGUGACUACCACCACCCACAACACCACCCACACCUCAGUGAGAUCUGAGAGAGACGGUGACUAACACCACCCACACCUCAGUGAGAUCGGAGAGGAGAGAGACGGUGACUACCACCACCCACACCUCAGUGAGAUCGGAGAGAGACGGUGACUACCACCACCCACACCUCAGUGAGAUCGGAGAGGAGAGAGACGGUGACUAACACCACCCACACCUCAGUGAGAUCGGAGAGAGACGGUGACUAACACCACCCACACCUCAGUGAGAUCGGAGAGAGACGGUGACUAACACCACCCACACCUCAGUGAGAUCGGAGAGAGACGGUGACUAACACCACCCACACCUCAGUGAGAUCGGAGAGAGACGGUGACUACCACCACCCACACCUCAGUGAGAUCGGAGAGAGACGGUGACUAACACCACCCACACCUCAGUGAGAUCGGAGAGGAGAGAGACGGUGACUAACACCACCCACACCUCAGUGAGAUCGGAGAGAGACGUUGACUAACACCACCCACACCUCAGUGAGAUCGGAGAGAGACGGUGACUAACACCACCCACACCUCAGUGAGAUCGGAGAGAGACGGUGACUACCACCACCCACACCUCAGUGAGAUCGGAGAGAGACGGUGACUAACACCACCCACACCUCAGUGAGAUCGGAGAGAGACGGUGACUAACACCACCCACACCUCAGUGAGAUCGGAGAGGAGAGAGACGGUGACUAACACCACCCACACCUCAGUGAGAUCGGAGAGGAGAGAGACGGUGACACAAACACACAUACUCACUUUCUCUUUCCUCUUCAGUUAGUCUCUUUGUCCUGAAUCACUGCCUCUGUUGCCCAUUGUGUCUCUGGAUCACACACACAUUCACAAGCCACACACAGGUCCACUCUCUUUUCCUCAACACUACAGUAUGAAUGUAUGUAGGGUUCAAUCUUAAAUACAGAUUCCUACAAAGGUUUUCAUAUUUAAUUUGUGAUCCGAGUCUUUCUUAAACUUAGUGUGUGUGUGUGUGUGUGUGUGUUUAAGGUCUGACAAAUGAUUGACUUGAUUAACAGAUUGUUCUGGUCUGAAUCUAUCACACAUACACACUGUUUAAUGCCGCUUCUACUGUGUGGCCUAGUUUGGAACCGGGAUCCCCACUCUGGGUUGGCAUAGCAACUCCCCGCUCAACUUAGCACCAGGGCUAGACAGGGAGGGGGAGGCAGGAGAGACCGAGAGAAAAUGAGGGAGGGGGAGGCAGGAGAGACCGAGAGAAAAUGAGGGAGGCAGGAGAGACCGAGAGAAAAUGAGGGAGGGGGAGGCAGGAGAGACCGAGAGAAAACAGGGAGGGGGAGGCAGGAGAGACCGAGAGAAAAUGAGGGAGGGGGAGGCAGGAGAGACCGAGAGAAAAUGAGGGAGGGGGAGGCAGGAGAGACCGAGAGAAAAUGAGGGAGGGGGAGGCAGGAGAGACCGAGAGAAAACAGGGAGGGGGAGGCAGGAGAGACCGAGAGAAAAUGAGGGAGGGGGAGGCAGGAGAGACCGAGAGAAAAUGAGGCAGGGGGAGGCAGGAGAGACCGAGAGAAAACAGGGAGGGGGAGGCAGGAGAGACCGAGAGAAAACAGGGAGGGGGAGGCAGGAGAGACCGAGAGAAAAUGAGGGAGGGGGAGGCAGGAGAGACCGAGAGAAAAUGAGGGAGGGGGAGGCAGGAGAGACCAAGAGAAAAUGAGGGAGGGGAAGGCAGGAGAGACCGAGAGAAAACAGGGAGGGGGAGGCAGGAGAGACCGAGAGAAAAUGAGGGAGGGGGAGGCAGGAGAGACCGAGAGAAAAUGAGGGAGGGGGAGGCAGGAGAGACCGAGAGAAAAUGAGGGAGUGAAAACUCCGAUGUAAUUGUGGAUAUGAAUGGUUGGUGAGUUUGCCCUCCCCUGCAGUGCUCCCUCUGUUGGCCCAGUUUCUCAAACACAGACAUGGUUCAGCUGUUGAGUGGAUCAGGGAAAUCAUGAAGGUUACAAUUAAUCACAUUAUCUCUACAAUAAUGAAGUUUUGUUACCAUGGGCCUUAUGGGACAGGUGAGUCUGACAUGGCUGUCUGAAGGGAUAAUGUUCUCCAUAGAGUACCACAGUGUGAGUCAUAAUACCCAUAAAACCUAGCGGUCAAAUAGGGAAACCGUUCCAAUCGUUUUUCCCAUAGGGGACUUUAGGAACACUUAAAAUAAGGGCUGUGUUUUGCGUAGGCUUACCCUGGCGUGACAUUUUGAAAACUGUGCAAAUCUCUCUAGGACAAAGUGACAUUUAUCAAUAUAUUCACCUGUAUUUACCCACAAAUGAAAUGCUAAUUAGCUGCUAAUGUGGCUAUCAUAAAGAACUACAAAUGUCAUGACGAUCGAUUUAACUAUCUAAUGUUAGCUAAAUGUAGUAAUUAAUUGGCUAAAUUUGUUUAAAUGUACCUGUUAGCAAAGGUACCAGCAAGAUACGACGUGCAGAAGCUUGCUGGGAUAUGUGGUCUUGCGUGAUGUCUACUUUGAUGCUAAUUAGCAUUUUCGAUUCGAAAUAUUUUCGAGCCAAAUAUAUCAAGGUGCCACCAACCUCCUGUAGUAACAAUAGAUAGAGCAGCGGAAUUCAAAUCAGGAUGAGUCGUCGGGCAACUGCAACCUGGAACCCCACAUUCAUUAUAUCAUGAACCCAAAGGGAUACAGUAUGUAAAGUAGAAAUAUGCCGUUAGGGAUACAGUAUGUAAAGCAGAAAUAUGCCUGUAAACAUACAGUAUGUAAAGCAGAAAUAUGCCGUUAGGGAUACAGUAUGUAAAGCAGAAAUAUGCCGUUAGGGAUACAGUAUGUAAAGCAGAAAUAUGCCUGUAGACAUACAGUAUGUAAAGCAGAAAUAUGCCUGUAGACAUACAGUAUGUAAAGCAGAAAUAUGCCUGUAGAGAUACAGUAUGUAAAGCAGAAAUAUGCCUGUAGAGAUACAGUAUGUAAAGCAGAAAUAUGCCUGUAGAGAUACAGUAUGUAAAGCAGAAAUAUGCCUGUAGACAUACAGUAUGUAAAGCAGAAAUAUGCCUGUAAACAUACAGUAUGUAAAGCAGAAAUAUGCCUGUAGAGAUACAGUAUGUAAAGCAGAAAUAUGCAUGUAGAGAUACAGUAUGUAAAGCAGAAAUAUGCCUGUAGAGAUACAGUAUGUAAAGCAGAAAUAUGCCUGUAGAGAUACAGUAUGUAAAGCAGAAAUAUGCCUGUAAACAUACAGUAUGUAAAGCAGAAAUAUGCCUGUAGAGAUACAGUAUGUAAAGCAGAAAUAUGCCUGUAGACAUACAGUAUGUAAAGCAGAAAUAUGCCUGUAGACAUACAGUAUGUAAAGCAGAAAUAUGCCUGUAGAGAUACAGUAUGUAAAGCAGAAAUAUGCCUGUAAACAUACAGUAUGUAAAGCAGAAAUAUGCCUGUAGAGAUACAGUAUGUAAAGCAGAAAUAUGCCUGUAGAGAUACAGUAUGUAAAGCAGAAAUAUGCCUGUAGAGAUACAGUAUGUAAAGCAGAAAUAUGCCUGUAGAGAUACAGUAUGUAAAGCAGAAAUAUGCCUGUAGAGAUACAGUAUGUAAAGCAGAAAUGUGGUGUCUGCUCUGUCUCUCUUCAGAAUUUGUAUAUCUUCCUGCUCUGAAUUUAAGCUGGUAUGGUAGUUGUCUGAUGGCUCAGCCACUAGUCCUAAUGGAGCCGUCUCCGGGUCACUGGGUCAGCGGGUCAUACGGGGGUUGGCGUGAUAAAAAGGAUAUGCACCGUGCUGGUGGCCUGUCUCCCUGCCACCCCACACUGACCCCGCCACGGCUACUAGACCAGCGAUGAGUCACCGUCUUCCUCUCUCCUCCUCUAUCUUCCCCUCCUCUCCUCCUCCACCCCCUACCUUCCCCUCCUCUCCUCCACCCCCUACCUUCCCCUCCUCUCCUCCACCCCCUACCUUCCCCUCCUCUCCUCCACCCCCUACCUUCCCCUCCUCUCCUCCACCCCCUACCUUCCCCUCAUCUCCUCCACCCCCUACCUUCCUCUCCUCCAACCCCUACCUUCCCCUCAUCUCCUCCACCCCCUACCUUCCCCUCAUCUCCUCCAACCCCUACCUUCCCUUCCUCUCCUCCACCCCCUACCUUCCCCUCAUCUCUUCCAACCCCUACCUUCCUCUCCUCCAACCCCUACCUUCCCCUCAUCUCCUCCAACCCCUACCUCCCCCUCCUCUCAUCCAACCCCUACCUUCCCCUCAUCUCCUCUACCCCCUACCUUCCUCUCCUCCACCCCCUACCUUCCCCUCAUCUCCUCCACCCCCUACCUUCCCCUCCUCUCCUCCAACCCCUACCUUCCCCUCAUCUCCUCCAACCCCUACCUUCCUCUCUCUUUGCCACCAUCUCUUUGCCAUAAGCUAUGCCUAUAUGUCCACACAGGUACAAGCCAAUGGAAUAGAAGGUGUCAUAGGUUUAUAAUUUAUAGUCUAUAUUCUGCAGCACAGUGUCCUACCUAGAACAUGAUUCCCCUAGGACAAUAAAGUUAUUUUAGAAUCUA